GUUUCUUUAAGAACCCUCCCCAACCCAGAGGGCUUCCCGCCAAAGCACUUUGGGUUUUCAUUCUGGUCCGCAGACUCUACGCAUUAAAGGGGGCUACGACAAACUGAAAGUACUUUCCUGCUCUCCGGUCUCGAAAUGUCUGGACGUGGUAAGGGUGGAAAGGGUUUGGGGAAGGGGGGCGCCAAGCGUCACCGCAAAGGUUUGCGAGACAAUAUCCAGGGCAUCACUAAGCCCGCUAUCCGCCGCCUAGCUCGGCGUGGAGGAGUCAAACGCAUCUCCGGCCUCAUCUACGACGAAACCCGCGGGGUGCUGAAAUUGUUCCUGGAGAAUGUGAUCCGGGAUGCAGUUACCUACACCGAGCACGCCAAGCUUAAGACUGUCACCGCCAUGGACGUGGUCUACGCGCUCAAGCGCCAAGGACGCACCCUCUAUGGCUUCGGCGGCUGAAGGAAAAAAGUUUGACCUUAACUCCAAGGCCCUUUUCAGGGCCCUUAAGUUUUCAUUGAAAGGCCCAAAAUAACACCAUUCACAGAACACAAGAUUUAGCGAUAACGGCCAGUGUUUACCAA